ACCAAAUAGCUUAGCAGUGGCUGCCCUGCCUUCAAAUUCAAAGUGAAGUAGUAGUAAAAUUGAAAAAAAUAAUAAAGAGCUUGACGGUUAUUCCUGCCUGGCAUAAGUUCCCUCCACACACGCAACCCACGCCCUCAACUUAACUACCAUUCUCAUAUUCUAGCUCCCCUACUUUGUAUAUAAAUCACAAAAACAGUUCUUGAAAACUGAUUUUAAAUUUUUAUAUUACUCAGGAACCAACUAAUUAACAAGUCCCCUUGCAUGUUGCGGAGCAGUUCGCGCCGACGAUCGCCGGCGAUCCGAUCCCGGAGAAUCAAACCGCCGCAUCCCUCGCCGUCGCCAUCUCCGUCGUCUCGUCGGAGGUCCAAAAAUAAGUCGAGGCCUGAUCUCAAGAUCUUGAAGCGCUGCUCAUCGGCGCCUCUGCUUCUCUCGAGAGGCAGAGACGAUUUCUUCGAAUAUGAGUUGAAGAGCGAAGGGAGCCUUUUCCGCCCUCAAACCUUCUCCGAAGCCUUCGUUUCUUCCCCUUCUCUCUUUGCUUCCUCUCCAAUCCUUGUACCUAACAAGUUACAUCAGAGGUAUGAGAAGGAAGCUAAGGUGGUGGUUAAUGUAACGGUUGAAGGAAGUCCAGGGCCAGUGAGAACCAUGGUGAAAUUGGGAUCCAGUGUGGAUGACACAAUAAAGCGCGUGAUCGAUAUAUAUAGAGAAGAAGGCAGGAGCCCCAGCCUCGACCUUGAUGCACCUUCAUCAACAUUCCAAUUGCAUCAAUCCCAUUUCAGUCUCCAAAGUUUGGACAAAUCAGAACUGAUCGGGGAUGUAGGUAGUAGAAGUUUUUAUCUACGGAAGAGUAAUGGAACAUCUGGCAUGGAUUCAUUUCACUCAGAAAGUACACCCGAAUUAGUUACACAUAGCUCUGUUCCAAAAACUCCGUCUCCGUUCUUUCUAGAGUCUUUUAUAGCCGGGAAGAUCAACAAAAUCGUAAGAAGGGCUAAAAGGCUCUGGAACAUGAUAGUUUGCUCGCAGUAAGGCCCGUAGGAAUUCUAUUUUCCUUCUGUAUAUAAACCUCCAACGGUGUCAACUGUCAACUAUCACGGAAAAGCAUGGCAUCCAUUUUUAUGUUGCUUUUUCCAUGAAACCACCGGACGGGUCUCCGCUGUGCGUAGAAUCAUUUCCAAUUUUCAAUACUUGAAUUAUUUAUUUAGUUUAAGAAAUAUGUUUUUAUAUCUAAAAUUAUGAACACUUAAUUUAAUUUGAAAAUAGAGAAUGAAAAUUUGAGUGUGCAAAAGAUUACAGUAAAAUUUAUUUAUCUUUUCCGAA